AGUCAGUAAACCACAGCCUUCAACAUGCUCUGCUCAAGCGGCUGCAGUGGCUUCUCAGUGCUGUCUCGGCCAUGACACACAUCUGACAUGCCCUCCCUUAACCCACUCGUAGACUGUCUCUCUUCUCCUGCAGCAUGGACCAAAGAGAAAUUCUGCAGAAGUUCCUGGAUGAGGCACAACACAGGAAAAGUAACAAAGAGGAGUUUGCUAGUGAAUUUCUGACGCUGAAAAGACUAUCCGCCAAAUAUAAGGCAGAUAAAACCUAUCCCACAACCGUGGCUGAGAGGCCCAAGAAUAUCAAGAAAAACAGAUAUAAGGAUAUUUUGCCUUAUGACCAUAGCCUAGUAGAACUGUUCAUGAUAACCUCUGAUGAGGAUUCCAGCUACAUCAAUGCCAACUUCAUUAAGGGAGUUUAUGGACCCAAGACUUAUAUUGCCACCCAGGGACCUUUGCCUACAACUAUCCUGGACUUCUGGAGGAUGAUUUGGGAAUACAGCAUCCUGAUCAUUGUUAUGGCAUGCAUGGAGUUUGAAAUGGGAAAGAAAAAAUGUGAGCGCUACUGGGCUGAACCAGGAGACACGCAACUGCAACUUGGUCCUUUCUCCAUUUCCUGUGAGGCUGAAAAUAGAAAAUCUGAUUAUACAAUCAGGACUCUAAAAGCCAAGUUCAAUAGUGAAACUCGAACCAUCUAUCAGUUCCAUUAUAAGAAUUGGCCAGACCAUGAUGUGCCUUCAUCUAUAGACCCUAUUCUUGAGCUCAUUUGGGAUGUGCGUUGUUACCAAGACGAUAACAGUGUUCCCAUAUGCAUUCACUGCAGUGCUGGUUGUGGAAGGACUGGUGUUCUCUGUGCUAUUGAUUACACGUGGAUGUUGCUAAAAGAUGGGAUAAUUCCUGAGAACUUCAGUGUUUUUAGUUUGAUCCAGGAAAUGCGAACACAGAGGCCUUCAUUAGUUCAAACUCAGCAACAGUAUGAGCUGGUCUACAAUGCGGUAUUAGAACUAUUUACGAGACAGAUGGAUGUUAUCAGGGAUAAACACUCCGGAACAGAGAUUCAAGCAAAGGAUUCAGUUUUUGAGCAAAAUCCCAACCUAAAAGCAAAACCUUAUUCUCCUAACUUAGCAAAAAGUACCAUAAAAGAAGCAAAAGUGAUGAACCAACAGAGCAAAGGAAGGAUAAGGGUGAAAAGUGCAGAAGCUUCUUCCUUUGACCUCAGGACUUCUGAAAUAAAUGAAAAGGAAGGGUUAGUCAUGCACCCUGCUAAACAGAGCAGUUCUUUAGAGUUUUUGGAACUGAACUGUGGUUGUAACAAAAAUGCUGACACAACCAUGAAAUGGGAGACAAAGGUGUUCCCAAUAGCUGGGAAGCCUCUUCAGAAGCAUCAAAGUUUGGACUUGAGUUCCAUUUUGUUUGGAGCAUAUCCUAAAUCUAAACCUGUAAAUGCAGCAGGAAGAUAUUCUAAUUUAAAGGUGCCAAUACUGCGGACCAAAUCAACUCCCUUUGAAUUGAUGCAACAGAGAGACAGCAAAGAGUUGGACAUAAAGGGAAAUUUUUAUUUGGAAUCUCAACCACACAAUUCUUGUCUUGAUCAGCCUCAAAAAGUGAUGCAUGUUGCUUCAGCAGAACUGAAUAUUUCGCCAUCACAUGACUCUAAGCAUCAAACGUGCAAUCCUGCUAAUGCAAAGCAGCAUGACUCUGGUGCUUUUAAUGAGCAUUCUUAUAUGUCUUUAGUAGAAGAUCCUUAUUUUUCAUCAUUGUCUCCAAGUAGUGCUCAUUCUAAGAUGUCUUUUGAUUUACCUCAGAAGCAAGAUGGAAGUGUUUUACCUUGUUCUUCACUGUCAAAAUCCUCUACAACCCUCUUUCCUUAUUACAAUUCACAUGAUUCUUUAACACUGACUACUCUGACCAGUUUUCCCCCACCACUGAACCAAGAGACAGCAGUAGUAGCAACUUCUCCGAGGAUAGACGAUGAAAUCCCUCCUCCACUUCCUGAACGGACACCUGAAUCUUUUAUUGUAGUAGAGGAAGCUGAACUCCCACAGGGUGUUCCCAAAUCUUCAUCUUCACCUGUGAAGGUAAAAACUGGAACGUCACUAGAAUGUAGUGGAACAUCUGAAUCAAAGAAAUCUGACGAUUUGAGUGUAAAACCCCAGAGUCCAAAAUCAGAUCUACAACAAGAUCGUUCUUCUUCCCCACCACCUCCACUGCCAGAGAGAACCUUAGAGUCCUUCCUUCUUGCUGAUGAAGAUUGUACACAGGCUCAAUCUGUAGAGACUUGUUCUACUAGCUGUCCUAACACCAUGGAAAAUUCAACAUCUUCAAAACAGACACUGAAACCUCCUGGAAAGAAUUUUACAAGGAGUAAGAGUUUGAAAAUUUUACGAAAUGUGAAAAAGAGUAUCUGUAAUUCUUCCCCACCAAACAAGCCUGCAGAGACUGCUCAGUCAAGUAACUCCAGCUCCUUUUUGAAUUUUGGUUUUGCAAAUCGUUUUUCAAAACCCAAAGGACCAAGGAAACCACCAUCAACUUGGAAAAUUUAAAACAGCUUUGGAAUAUUGCCUGCAAGUGAAUCUGUAAAUAAAACAAAUAGAAUACUGCUAGCUAAAAUAAAUGUAUAUUCAUAAUAUCAACCAUGAAGAUAUGGUAAUAAUGUUAAUAGCUUUAAAAGAAGACCAAUAUGCAAAUAACUGUCAGAAGUUUUACAUUUCAUCUCAUUUACAUCGGGUUGGAAAGCACACAUAGGAGUUUGUCAUUUAAGCUUAUGUGCAGAGAAUGCUGUAUGACAAAGUUUUGGAAUGGACUUAUUUUUCCUUUUUAGAAGUUAUUUUUAUUCUACUUUACUUUUCUACCUAAAUAUAAACUUAAAAGAUUUGUAAAAAUUUGACCUCAAUUAAAUGUCUACAUUCUCAGAAGUUACUAUAAAAAGUGUUUUGAAAAAUCUUACCUUGUGGUUGCAGUACAAAAUUACUGCUUGUGAAAAUGAUUAUUUCCUGAGAGUUAUUUCUGCCUAAAUGGAGUACACAUCUUUUUCCAAGUGUUGUGGGAAACAAAGUAGUGAGAAAAGAAGUUACACCUAAAGAGAAUAAAAUAUAUACUUAAUGACAGUAAUCAUUUUAAUGACAGUCUUUUGUUUGGAUAUACCAAAUAACAAGAUGUUCAAUUCCUGGUAAGCUUUAGGCAAAGUUGUUCAAUUACCAAAUCUAGAAAAAUAAUCAGCAAAAUAGCAGGGUGGGAAGUGGGAGAGAGGUUCAAGAGGGAAGUGACCAUGCUUACCUAUGGCUGAUUCAUGUAGGGAAGAAAUAAAGACAAUAUUGUAAAGCAAUUAUCCUUCAAUCAAAAAUAAAUAGAGACAAAACAACACAACACAGUAGCUGUAUAAACAUGGUUUAUACAGUAGCAUUUUUUCAUUUCAAAGGUCCUGUAAAACAUGUACAACUUAUAUCCAACUAACCAGAGGUACUACUAGUUAAAAUUUUUUCUAUAUUAAUAUGGAUUUGCCUUAAGAAAGUUGAUCUUUCAAAUCUAAUUGUAUAUAACAAACAAGUUAGUGGGUGAUUAUUACAAAGGAUUCCCCUUGACUAAUAAUGAUUUCACUUAAAAAUUUAUAACUUUAUGAAAAUGAAAUAGACAUUUGUUCUUCAAUAUUGUUCACUAGGAAUCCCAAUGAAGACACACAUCAGAUGAAAUAUUACCUUUUUAUUGUAUAGUGUACUGUAUACAAGAGGUGCUCAAUAAACUUUCUGGUUUUUAAACUAA